AUGAUUAUGCAGGCUGUCCUGGCUCCCUCUGAGAGCAUGCCAGAGGAUGCAGAGACUGUUGCUGGUUAUGAUUUUGACAGCGGCCGUGACUUGGAUGGCCUGCUCGGGUCACUGCUUCGCACCGGGUUCCAGGCUACCUCAUUUGGCCGAGCUGUAGCAGAGAUCAACCGCAUGAUAUACUGGCGCCUGAGCGACGAGCCCGUGGGGCCAACUGAAAAUCCAAGAUAUGCAGACCCGGCUGUGAGGCGUGGGGUCCGCUCCAAGAUAUUCCUGGGAUUCACGUCGAAUCUCAUCUCUUCUGGAGUGCGGGAACACAUCAGGUAUCUGGUGCAGCAUAAGAUGGUGGACCUCCUGGUGACUACAGCUGGAGGGGUUGAGGAGGACCUCAUAAAGUGCCUGGGGCCGACAUACACAGGGGACUUCCACCUGAACGGAGCUGAUCUGCGCAAGAGGGGCCUGAACCGUGUGGGCAACCUGCUGGUGCCCAACAGCAACUACUGCGCGUUUGAGGACUGGAUCAUGCCCAUCCUGGACGCUCUGAAGGAGGAGCAGGAGUCGCAGGGCACAAAAUGGACGCCCUCCAAGGUGGUGGCCAGGCUGGGGAAGGAGAUCAAGGAUGAGAGCUCGGUGUGCUACUGGGCACAAAAGAACAACAUCCCCAUCUUCUGCCCGGCGCUGACAGAUGGCUCGCUGGGGGACAUGCUGUUCUUCCACACCUACAAGAACCCGGGGCUGGUCAUUGAUCUUGUGGAGGACAUCCGCCUCAUCAAUGACGAGGCCCUGAAGGCAGCCCCCAGGAAGACUGGCAUGAUCAUCCUUGGCGGAGGAGUUGCCAAGCACCAUAUCUGCAACGCCAAUCUGAUGAAGAAUGGGGCAGACUUUGCCGUGUUUGUGAACACUGCCCAGGAGUUUGACGGCAGUGACUCGGGAGCGCGCCCAGACGAGGCUGUUUCCUGGGGCAAGAUCAGGGCGGACGCACAGCCAGUCAAAGUCUACGGGGACGCAACAAUCCUCUUCCCGCUUCUGGUGUCCCAGACCUUCGCAAAGGCCAGCUCCAGGGAAAAUGAGGACGUGAAGCCCAACUAG